AUGUUUGCUGCUCCAAGGUCAGACACACUUUUCCUAGGUGCUGAAAAAUUGAGUGGCGAUGAUGUGCGUACUCAGAAUGUUCUCGCAACACAGGCAGUGGCGAAUGUGGUGAAAUCUUCACUUGGUCCGGUUGGACUUGAUAAAAUGCUUGUUGAUGAUAUUGGUGAUGUGACUGUUACGAAUGAUGGAGCAACAAUUUUGUCAUUGCUUGACGUUCAGCAUCCAGCAGGUAAGAUUUUAGUUGAGUUAGCACAGCAGCAGGACAGAGAGGUUGGAGAUGGCACUACUUCCGUUGUUAUUAUUGCAUCUGAACUUUUGAAAAGAGCCAACGAACUCGUCAAGGUUAAGGUUCAUCCUACCACUAUUAUUACAGGUUACAAGUUGGCUUUAAGAGAAGCCACAAGGUUUGUCAACAGUGUUAUGUCACGUCCCGUGGAUUCUCUUGGAAAGGACACGUUAAUCAACAUUGCAAAGACGUCUAUGUCGUCGAAGAUUAUUGGACCAGACUCGGAGUUCUUUAGUAAGAUGGUCGUGGAUGCAAUGUUAGCCGUGAAAACUGCAAAUUCAAGAGGUGAGGUGAAGUAUCCAGUGAAGGCAGUGAACAUAUUGAAAGCGCAUGGUAAGUCUGCCACAGAAUCGGUGCUAGUCUCAGGAUAUGCAAUAAACUGCAUGGUUGCUUCCCAGGCCAUGGUGAAGGAAGUGAAGGAGGCAAAAAUUGCAUGUCUUGAUUUCGGCUUACAGAGAGCAAAGAUGGCAUUGGGUGUUCAAAUUGAUUUGGAAGACCCCGACCAGGUGGAAGAGGUGAAGAAGAAUGAGCAGGAGUUGGUCUUGAAGAAGGUUAAAAUGAUUAUAGACGCAGGUGCAAAUGUUGUUUUGACAACUAAGGGAAUUGAUGAUCUAUGCCUCAAAGAGUUUGUGGAACACAAGGUGCUGGCAGUGAGAAGAUGCAAGAGAGAAGACCUCCGUAGAAUAGCGAGGGCUACCGGAGCCAGCUUUUUAAGCAGCAUGACAAACUUGGAAGGAGACGAAGUAUUUGAGAGUGCCGAUUUGGGACAAGCUGAACAAGUUUCGCAGGAGAGGUUUUCGGAUGACGAAUGCAUCCUAAUCAAGAAUCCUAAGGCACACUCGGCAUCAUCGAUUGUUCUUAGGGGUCCUAACGACUACUCAUUGGACGAAAUGGAAAGAUCCAUUCAUGAUGCACUUUCCGUGGUCAAGAGAACUUUGGAAUCAGGCAACGUCGUUCCAGGAGGCGGAGCAGUCGAAACAGCACUGAACAUAUAUUUGGAAAAUUUCGCGACAACUGUGGGAUCGAGGGAGCAAUUAGCAAUCGGCGAAUUUGCCGCAGCAUUGUUAAUAAUACCAAAAACGUUAGCCGUGAAUGCCGCAAAGGAUUCAUCAGAUCUUGUUGCUAAAUUAAGAUCUUACCAUGCUGCUUCGCAGCAAGUUUCUGCCGCGGACGCGAAAAGGAAAAAUUAUAAGAACUAUGGAUUGGAUUUGAUCAAGGGCAAGAUCAUUGAUGAAAUACACCAUGGCGUUUUGGAACCCACAGUUUCUAAGAUCAAGUCCUUGAAAAGUGCUCUAGAGGCAUGCGUUGCUAUUCUAAGGAUCGAUACACUUAUAACAGUUGAUCCGGAGCCUUCCAAGGAGGAUCCUCACGGUCAUCAUUAA